AUGGCAUCGACAUCGGUAACCGAGUGUGCCCACUGCGGGGCAGCGGCCACGCUGCAGUGUGCUGGAUGCCGAGACGCGCCCGAAUACCAGCCAGGCGAUGCUGGGGGAGUUCAUUACUGUGGCCGGGACUGUCAGAUAUCCCACUGGCCGAGUCAUAAGUCCCGCUGCAUCAACUUACGCCGACGAAGGAAGCUUCUUCGCACCGCCCUCAUUCUGAAAGCCGCGCUGUUGACCUACCGAGAAAUGGUCUACGACAUCCCGCUCACCAAGAUCGAGCGGCGCGAUGGGACCCUCUACCUCCACCAGAGACCCAGAGCCCCGACGACCGUUUUCCAGCCCGGUCCCUUUCCCGACCAUCUGACUACCCACGUCGAGCACCGCGAAGCAGCCCUCACGGUCAACCAAUGCACCCUCGCGAUGGCACUGUUGGGUCCGUUGACUCGAAAGCUUCUGGCAGGGAUCGCCUCCACCCUGGAGGUGCUGGACCUGCAACUGGGCCGGAGGCCGAUGCCAGCCAGGCUCAUUCCCGGCCCGGAUCCGAGCAGCUGCCCCCACACCGUCAUUCAGGUAAGCCGAUCGGGGGCCGGAGAGACCUGGAUCCUCGAUCUCACCGGCUGCCAAUAUGGGUUUCGCGACGUGCUGGUUCCGUACGAUCGGUACCUGGCGGACCGAGCCUGCCCAAGCCUGCAGCGGCCGGUUCCGUACGAUGCGACCGAAACGAAGGACCUGGAUUACUUCGCAACGCUUCCCUUCCUGACACACACCCGGGCCCAACGCGAGAACCUUAACCGGGAGCGACAGUCCCGCCUCCGGUUUGCGGAGUUUGUGAAUACCCGCGUGCGUGCGGAGGUGCUCGAGGGGUCGACCGUUGAAUUCCAGCAGAAACGGGAGGCAUUUACAUCGAUGCUGAAACGCCAUCUGGAGAAACCGCCCGGGGGGAAUUGA